CAGGAGACCCCAGUGAUGGCACUGUGGACUCGCCUGUAUGGCCGCGUCCUGGAAAGCUCUAGGGUGAUGCCCACCAUCAGUGAAGAAGGCCCUUCAGGAGGAAGUGAAAACCAUGGAUCUGGCUGCCCUUCACAACCAGAUGCAGAUUCCCAUUUUGAACAGCACAUGAUGUCCAUGCUAGAAGAAACAUACAUUGCUCAGAGCACACUGAUAGAGACUCAAGAAACAUUGGCGUUGACCCAGGGGAAAUUGCUCGAGGUUGGUCAUGAGAGAGAUUCGUUGCAGAGACAACUCAAUACUGCGCUUCCACAGGAGUCUUCAAUGCUUGCAAAAGAGCUCAACAUUUGCAGGGAACAGCUGCUUGAGAAGGAAAAAGAAAUUGCUGAACUGAAAGCAGAAAGGAACAACAUGAGGCUGCUCCUGGAACAUCUGGAGUUCCUUGUCUCCAGGCAUGAACGCUCUCUCGAAACGACUGUGAUGAAGCGGCAGGCGCGGUGUCCUGCAGGUGUGUCCACAGAGAUGGAAGUGCUAAAAGCACUGACAUCCUUAUUUGACCACCACAAGACCCUGGACGAAAAGGUGCGAGAGCAAUUACGUGUAGCACUGCAAAGGUGCAGCUUGCUGGAAGAGGAACUGGGUGCCACGCAGAAGGAGCUAAUGACUCUUAAAAAACAGAAUGAUCAGAAAAAAUCACCAAGAGAUGGAGUGCUUGACCAUGAACAAGAAGAAACACCAAGCACUAGUGGAAAGUUGCUAGCUUGCAGAGAAGAAGAACGAGAUGACAAGACAACGAUAAAAUGUGAAACUUCCCCUCUCUCCUCUCCGAAGUCCCUUCAGCUAGACAGGCUGCACACGGGGGCGUUGCAAAUAGUCAGCCACGAGGACAUCAGGGACAUGCAAAAAUCAAAAAGUGCCCAGGAUGGUCCUGUGAGCAAUCCCAGUAGCAGUGACAGCAGGCAGGACUCGCCCCACAAAGCCCCAAAGAAGAAGGGCAUCAAGUCCUCCAUUGGUCGUUUGUUUGGCAAAAAGGAAAAGGGUCGGCCUGGACAAACUGGCAAAGAAUCACCAGGACAAGGUGGGUGGGGUUUCGGCAGCUGUCCUAACUGCUGGGAAUGGGAGAACGUGAACUUUGUCCUGUGUGCCUGCUGCAGGUGCGCAGUGCCCACGUGGAGUCAUGUUUGGGGAAUUUUCUUCUCUUUUGUAGCCGUUGUUUCUGAAACGGAAAACUCAUCUCAGGAUGCCUUCCAACUUAGCAAAUUGGGAGGAAAGGAUGAAAAAAAUCCUCAACUUCAAAAAAAGCCUGAGUUGCUGGAGGAAGCCCAGAGGCAAGGCUUACCAUUUUCACAGUGGGACGGGCCAACCGUGGUUGAAUGGCUGGAGCUCUGGGUUGGGAUGCCUGCUUGCUAUGUGGCUGCCUGCAGAGCAAAUGUGAAAAGUGGGGCCAUCAUGUCAGCUCUGUCAGACAGACAGAUCCAGCAAGAGAUUGGCAUCAGCCACCCUCUGCACAGACUGAAGCUGCGGCUGGCCAUCCAGGAAACCCUGUGGCUCACCAGCCCUUCGGCUCCACCCACAUUGAAAAAGACCACAGGAAAUGUCUGGUUAACACAUGAAGAGAUGGAAACACUCGCAGCCACAUCUCAGAUGGAAGAUGAGGAGGGAAGCUGGAAUCAGACACUUGCAUAUGGGGACAUGGACCACGAGUGGAUUGGCAAUGAGUGGCUGCCCAGCCUGGGCCUACCUCAGUACCGAAGCUAUUUCAUGGAGUGCCUUGUGGAUGCUCGGAUGCUGAACCACCUGACCAAGAAAGACCUGCGGGGGCGGCUGAAAAUGGUUGACAGUUUUCACAGGAACAGCUUCCAGUGUGGACUUAUGUGCCUGAAAAGGUUAAAUUAUGAUCGGAAAGAACUGGAAAGAAGAAGAGAAGAAAGUCAGGAUGUAGUUAAAGAUGUGCUUGUUUGGAGCAAUGAUCGAGUGAUUCGCUGGGUCAUAUCCAUUGGCCUUAAAGAAUAUGCAAACAACCUCAUAGAGAGUGGGGUUCAUGGCGCACAGCUGGCCUUAGAUGAAGCCUUCGAUUACAACACAUUGGCCCUGUUGUUACAGAUCCCGACAGAGAACAGAAAGGCUCGAAAUGUCUUGGACAAAGAAUUUGCCGACCUUUUGGUCCUUGGGACUGUCAGACGUUUUGAUGUCGAGGAUGACAAACACUUUAGGAGAGCACCUUCAUGGAGAGAGAAGGUUAGAGAAAAGGCCAUUCACGGUGUGGCAACUGGGUCAUCAGAGACACUCCCUGCAAACUUCCGAGUCUCUUCUUCCAAGUCUUCCCGCUCUGUGCAGCCCAAUGAGAUCCAGAUGGAUGGCAGUGUAUCAGAAACACAGAAGUUGGAUUCUGCGACAACCAGGACUUCCUCCCGUUAAGCCUCCUGUUGUUUUCCUGCACUACUUCUACAGAUGAUGUGCAGCAUUUGGAAUCCAACAGAGACUACAUUUUUUAAUUCAGUCGAAUCGCUAUCUGUUAAUACUUGUUAUAUGGAUAUUUUAUAACAGAGUUUUUAAUUAAUAAAAAAUUCAUCAAUAACAUAGAGAAAAUAUUUUAGAAUUUAAUGUUUCUUCUAUUUUUGUAAACUUAGGACUUUUCAUUUAUAUAGUUACUUACUUUUUCAUCUAUGUUUAGAUAUCUCUGGAAGCAAUUCAUGUUCUUAUAUCUAAUUUUAGUCUUUCAAAUGAAUGUACUGUAGUGCUUGUAUGUAUAAACCCUAUGAACAAAUACAUGGCUUUUGUAAAUUGUGCACAUAUUGUAAUUAUUACUAUUUAACUUUUUAAUGAUAAGCCAUCCCUGAAAAAAUUAGUUUACUACACUUUUUUUUGUCUUUUUUGUUACUUUUUUUUUUUUUUUUUUUUUGGUCUUUUUCCUUUUUAUUGGUACCAGGGAUCGAACUCACGACUGCCUGCUUCCAAGGCAGGUGCUUAUGCCGCUGAGCUAAAUCCCCAGCCCCUUUUUUUGUCUUUUUUGUUUUUAUCGGCACUAGGGAUCAAACUCAGGACUGCCUGCUUGCAAGGCAGGUGCUUAUGCCACUGAGCUAAAUCCCCAGCCCAGUUUACUACAUUUAUAAAAUUGUUGUGACAUAAGCAAUGUGCAUUAUCCUUCACCUUGCUCUACAUCAGUCAUUUUAAAAUCAGGAGACUUCAUUCCAAGCAGUUGUCAUAUUUUGAGGUUGACUGACCUUAACUGUUCUUUUUUUAGCAAGAAAUCAGAGUCUAAUAAAGUCGGGACUGAACCGUUGCACCAGAGCACUAUAGAACUUUCUUAGCACUGGUUCCCUUUUCCCCAUCCUGUCUCUGGACUUGGGGAGCUUGUCUUCAGAGACUUGACCAGAAGCCAUGAGCUUGGAGCUGCUCUCAGCAGGGCUGGAGUGGCCAGGGGUGGACCCCAGCCUGGCACCUUCCCUGCCUCUUUCCUGUGAGCAUGUGGAAGGUGCCUCCAGCUAUUCUUAGAGGACCAAUCACUGAGCACUGUGCUCACAUCUCACAGACAUUGGUGCAUGAGCAGAUGAGAGCAGGAAACCCUGAAAAUAAAGUUGUACAACUCUAACUAAUCAAGGCCUUAUUUUUCAUAUGUCAGUCACCUUUUUACAUUGGUUUAUAAACAUGUUUCAACUAGUCAUACAUUUUUAGAUUUUGAUGACAUAGCCAUUUUGGAUUGAACAAGUAGCAAAAGCAACUUGCUUUUCACUGGCAUAUUAAAAAGCCAGCAAGGAAGGAGUCAGAUCAGGGUGCAUGUUAUUUAUUGUGCAACUGAUACAUGGGUAGAGGCAGCAUGCCUUUUUAAUUUAGUUUAUGCAGGGGCUGGGGAUUUAGCUCAGCGGCAUAAGCGCCUGCCUUGCAAGCAGGCCGUCGUGAGUUCGAUCCCUGGUACCGAUAAAAACGAAAAAGACAAAAAAAAAAAAAAAAAAAGCAAAAAAAAUAAUUUGGUUUAUGCAUACAAUUCACUUAUACAAUCCAUAUUACUGCCCUUUUUCUAUUAAUUUUUGUGGAAUUUUCUGAGUAUGUAACAAAGUAUACAGUCAUAUACAUAUAUAUACUUUUGAACUAUUUUAAUCACAGUAUUAUUUAUUGCUUUCUUUCAAUAAAGUUCUGAAUCAUUUUUCACUGCCAA